AUGUUCCGCGUCGAACUCCUCCCUGACUCCGGUGCAGCAGCCCAACCCGGCUGGACCUACGUGGCCGACCGGGGCUUCGACCCCUCAAAAGCCGCGAUGGCCCCGACACUAGGCCGCAAACGCGGCAUCCGCCACGCCGGCAAAGGCGGCGACAUCUCCUCGCGACGAGCGAAUGCCAUCGUCCGCCACCUCGCCGAGCUGGAUCGUGAGAACCAACGCGAUGUACAAAUAUCUAUCCCUGUCAAGCAAGCGAAGGAGGCUGGUUCGCGCGGCACGCGAGCAAAGACGACCUCAAACGUGCGCCGCAUCCUACAAUCCCAGAAGACGUUCAGGAAUUACCUUGACGAUGAGGAGGCUGCGAUCGCUGCUGGAGGAGGUGGUGUUAGUGCAACAGUGGGAGGUGGAAAUAUGGCCGCGGCGGCAGCCAAGAGCAGAGCUGUAGCUGUAGCGAGACGAAGUUCAACGCCAGCUACGACGCCGGUAUCGAAGAAGCGCACGGCCGGUACAGUGACUGCUACCUCAACCCCCACGCCUGCACCCUCCCAACCCGAGACGACAGACGCUGAAGCCGAGGAUGAUGAUGGACCAAAGCCGAAACUCAUCAAGACCGAGUAUGAUAACGAUCCCCUACUACGCUCAUACGCACCAACAAUGCCAUCUGAGCGAAUCAUGCAGCGGCUCCUCGCCGAACCGCCUCUAUCCUACAACGCGUCGCGCACGGGACCUCCGAUUUCCGCUCGGCCUCCGCGGGCAUUCUGCUGCAUGUGUGGAUACUGGGGCAAGAUUCGGUGCAAGAGCUGUCAUCUGCGGACGUGUGGACUUGAUUGUUAUCGAGUUCAUGAGGAAUCCCGGUGCGGGGCGUUCUUCUAG